AAUUUAGUUGUAUCUUUAGUUCUAUUGGCAGUGUAGUUCUAUCAGGAUCUUAUACUAUAAUAUAAAGUGUGAAAAUAAUCCACCCGAUAUAGUUUAAAAAACCCAGGGGGCGCCACAAACGGAUUUUUUUACAAACAAUUAUUUUUAAAUUUUAAAUUGAUUCUUUGAAACUCAGAUAAGAGUUUUGGCUACGUAAACUCAACAUCUGCUUUAUUAAAAGCAAGAAAAUGGAAAUAUUAUUCAUCAAUUAAAUAUUAAUAUCUACAAAAGUAUAAGCAGUCUUUAGUGAUUAUUUUCAAUUUAUAUUGAAGACUUGAAGUAUGGCAAAUUUGAUGAUGAUGAGACAAGAAAUAGAUUAUUUAAGAAAAUCGCUUCAUACAGCAUUUAAGGAAAAAGAAGAACUGUGCCAAUUACUAUGCAAUAAACAAGAAGAUGUUUACGAACGAGAAAAAUUUAUAGCCGAGCAAUUGUCAAAUAUAAUUCGCGUAAUCGAAAAGAACAUAGAACAAACCGUAAUGGAAACAAACUGCUUUGUCUUUCGAAAAAAAAGACUCAAGAAAAAAUUAAGUUUACUAUGCCAACUUAGAAACCAAUUAAAAACUAUAUAUGCAGACGGUUUAACCUUAUCUAACAGUAAAAAUCAACAAGAAAUCGUUAAAAGUAAUACAAUAUCAAAUCAUAUGAUAGCAAUGGCAACAAACUCUUCUAAGUCCUAUUAUUGCUAAGGAAAAAAAGGAGAAUAUGAUGGCUUAAGUAGCAUGGCAUCAACUACAUCACUAAAAUACAAGGCGACAUUUAAAAAAAAGUAACAAUCAAAUAAUGCAAUUAAAAUAAAACAAAAGAUUUACAUCGGAAAAAAUUCGUAAGAUAAAAAUUUGCUGUGCAUGCGAAAAAACUUGAAUUUACUCGGAUCGUUUGUUUUUCUUUUUUUCUUCCUAUGAAUAAUACACAUUCGUUGUUAGUAUAUUAUUAAAUAUUGUUAGUAUAUUAUAAAAAUUGUUAGUGUAUAUUCGUUGUAGUAUAUUGUAAAAAAAAUGCAGUUAAGAUGGUAAUGCGGUUCCAAAAAAAUAAUAAA